GUCAAUUACAUUCGUUAGUAAUCAUUAUACAGUGUAUCUAAAAUUACUAAACCAAAAGUAUUAAAAAUUAUCAUGAACCGUUUAAUCUUUUUCGCUGCUGCACUCUCAUUAGUCUUCACCGUCGCCAAUACACAAAGCGUGUCAGACUCCGACGUUGAUUCCGAUAUUAUAGAGGAAUCUACCACAGAAAAUCCAACGGAAUACAUUGAAGAUUUAACUAAAAUAGAUUUAACCAACAAUGACAGUGAAUCAGUCAAGUCACGGGAAGAUGAAAUGGCCAACGAAUUAGCCUAUAUGAUAACGUUCAUAACAAAGUCCUUUGCAGAUAUGUCAAAAAUUACAGAAGACAUGAAAGGUCUGAGUAACAAAACGAAUAUUGAUGAAGCUUCUAUGAAAAAUCUUGUAAAUAAUUUGAUAAAUUAUGUGGAGGACACUGAAAUCAUGAAGCAGCAAAUCAAUAGUGUGGUGGAAUAUAGAGACCAAUUUCAAGACACGAUUCUAAAAAAUUUGAACUCAUUGCCAGUUAGUACGGAAGAAGCAAAACAAAUGGAAAAUGAACUACGUAAACAGAUGAAAAUUCGAUUACCCAACAUACCAACUUCACAAAAUAUUAUGGAUCUUCCUGCAAGUAUGCCAAAUAUUUUCCAAAAUUAAAUUCAAGUUUAUUUAAUUUAUUUUGUAAUUUUAUUUUAAAGUUUAUUUUCAAUAUUAAUAACUAUGUCUUUUGAUCAUAUUUAAAUAAAAUAUAAAAUAGAUUUAA